AUGGCCUCCAUCAUCAAAGUUGUGCCCGCAAUGAACAUUGUGAUCGCUCCUUCCGGCUUCAAGGAGUCUUUGGAUCCAGUCCAGGCUGCAGAAUGCAUAGAAAAGGGCAUCUUGAAGGUCGCCCCUAAUUCGAAGAUAUUGAAGAUGCCGCUCGUUGAUGGCGGUGAAGGGUUCGUGCAUGGCCUCGUUAGUGCAACAAAAGGCCGAGUCAUAAACAUCACAGUCACCGGCCCACUUGGCCUCCCGAUACCGUCGUACUUCGGCUUCCGCGGAGACAGGCCUGCCACUGCCAUCAUAGAGAUGGCUGCCGCUGCUGGUCUCAGUCUGGUCCCUCGAGACCAACGCGAUCCAACCAGAACCACCUCGUUUGGAGUAGGAGAGUUGAUACUGGCCGCGAUCGAGGCAGGCGCGACGAAGAUCUUGGUGGGCUGCGGCGACUCUGGAGUCUGUGAUGCAGGCAUCGGCAUGUUGCAGGCCCUAGGUGUCCGAUACCUAGACGGCAACGGGCAAGCACUACCUCAAGCAAGUGGCAUCGAAGGUCUGGAGCGGUUGUCCGUCAUUGACACCUCCACCUUGAACCCAUUACUGAGCCGAGUCAAGAUAGACGUGGCUUGCAACUGGCACAAUGUAUUGUGUGGACCAAAAGGAGUCUCGCGGGUAUUUGGUCCUCAGAAGGGAGCAACAGAUGCACAAGUCGAGGCCAUGUCAAUAGCCAUGGAGCGAUGCGCAGAGGCAAUGAGCCGAAUCCUUGGUCGAGACAUUUCUCUAGAGCCUGGUACGGGUGCUUCCGGCGGUCUCGGAGCUGGUUUACUACUGACUGGAGCCACCCUGCACCCAAGAUACGACAUUGUUAUGCGGUUCUUCGACAUUGACAGAGCGAUGAAAGCAGCAGACCUAGUUAUCACCGCUGAAGGGGGUAUAGAUGAGCAGACACCACGUGGAAAGAUCCCAGCAGAAGUCGCAUCGCGGGCCAAGAGCUUGAACUUACCUGUCAUUGCGCUGGCAGGCACGAUUGGAGCCGGUGCGGAAGCGAACUACCACUGUGGAAUCGAUGCCUUCGCCAGUAUCAUGCAGGGACCAACAACCCUUGAUGUCGCAAUUGCUCAAGCGAAAGAGUUACUCACAGACGCUGCUGAAAGCUCAAUGAGAAUGGUCUUAGUGGGUCAGAGAAUUCGGAAAACAUCAGAAACCCUAGUAGAGCCACCGUGCCGCUCAAAAGCAACAAACUAG